AUGGACAGCGACACCAAGAUGGCCGAGCUCGCGCCGGCAACACGCCUUCUUGAUCCGAAAAUAUUCGAUCAUCUCAAGGCCCGCAUCGACGAGGACCAGCAGGUCCGCGACGAUCUCACGCAGAUUGUCCAGCGACUCGACCGCGCCAACGCCCUCGUCCAGGGCUUACUGUCCCGCGUGCACGCCACGCCGCGUGCCCAGUACGCUGCUUCCUUCCUCUCGCAGGUUGAGGCCGGUAUUCAGGAUGAGAUAACUGCUGUCGUCGAGCUGAACGAAAAGGCUUCCCAGCACCCUUACUACAAGUACAACCAGAAGUGGAACCGUGCCGUUCAGAGCUCCGUGUUCACUGUCCUCCUGACCGGUUGGCUCGGCGGCCUCGGCACCGCCUCCAAGCCCGCUGAGCUGGGUCGCCUCAUCACCAUCGAGGAAGUCGGCGAGAUUUUCAACAUCCCCGUCAACCUCAAGGACCGCGACGCCUUCCACCUCACCAUCGAGGAGUACCUCUUCGCCCUCAUCGAUCUGACUCAGGAACUCAGCCGUCUCGCCACCAAUGCCGUCACCCUCGGCGACCCGGACCUCUCCAUCCGCAUCGCCGCCUUUAUCAAGGACAUCUUCGCCGGCUUCCAGGUCCUCAACCUCAAAAAUGACCUCUUGCGUAAGCGCGUCGACGGUGUCAAGUAUCACGUCCAGCGGGUCGAGGACGUCGUCUAUGACCUAAGCUUGCGCGGGCUCGUGAAGAAGCCCGAAGAGGCUGCCUCUGUGCCAAGUUGA